UGCCGAGCCGAGCAGCGGAGCAUACAGUCGCGGGUGUACGUACCUGGUGCGCGUGUCCGAUCAGUCUCUCUCUCUCUCUCUCUCUCUCUCUCUCUCUCUCUCUCUCUCGCUCUCUGCCUUGUCGGACUGUGCACGAUAAUGAGACAGCGCUGACCCGAGGCACACGUUUCAGCGAUUUUUUAAAAAUUUUUUUGUCAGCUUCGCGCUGCGAGCGUCCGCCACGGCUUGUCGCAGAGCAAGCUCGCACGUCGAUAAUUGAAAGUACAAAGAGACGCGAGACACGGCGGUAACAAUGGUCGAAGACAACAAUCACAAGACGCAUCCAACGGAGCUAGAUACCUUCCUGCCGCACGACGGAUCCAACCAGAAGGAUGGUCUCGCAGCCAAGUACCAAGUGCAGGUGGCAAGUCGAGACGUGGAGAGCGCGGCGGCACAGCGCGAUGGCAAAGGUUUUGAUCCAUUCUUGGAACGUAAAGUGCCCAAUCCUACCACGGAUUGCGACACGCUUACCCAUCUGCUGAAAGCGUCGCUCGGAACGGGCAUCCUGGCAAUGCCCGACGCCUUCAAGAGUGCCGGUCUAGUUGUGGGGAUCUUCGCGACGGUGCUCGUCGCGUUUGUCUGCACACACUGCGCCUACAUUUUGGUCAAAUGCGCACACGUCCUUUACUACAAGACGAGGAGAACGCAGAUGAGCUUUGCAGAGGUGUCCGAAGCCGCAUUCGCCACUGGGCCCAAGUGGGCGCGCGGUUUCGCCGUACCCUCGAAGUACUUGAUCCUGAUAAGUUUGUUCGUAACUUACUUCGGCACAUGCAGCGUGUACGCAGUAAUCACAGCGAAGAACUUCAAUAAAGUGAUAAAUUACUAUCUUGACGAUGUUUACCAUUCGGAUUAUCAAGUGGAUAUCAGGUUCAUGAUACUCGCAUUGCUCAUACCAAUGAUAUUAUUGAGCUGGGUUCCCGAUCUCAAGUACCUCGCGCCUGUUUCCAUGAUCGCCAACUUUUUAAUGAGCGCCGGCCUGGGAAUCACGUUUUACUACCUGAUCAUGGGACUGCAAGAUGGAAUCAGCUUCGAGAAAACUCCUGCGAGUGGUGCUAUAGCAGCGUUUCCCAAUUUCUUCAGUAUUACUAUUUUCGCCAUGGAAGCUAUCGGGGUUGUAAUGCCACUGGAAAAUAGUAUGAAAACGCCCCAGCAUUUUACUGGAAUUUGUGGAGUGCUCAGCAAGGGAAUGUCAGGCGUGACAUUUGUUUACAUUAUCCUUGGCUUUUUAGGAUAUGCUUGUUACGGCGAUGCGGUAGAAGGCAGUAUUACUUUGAAUUUACCUACUGCAGAAAUUGCUGCACAAGUUGUACAGAUUUCUAUUGGUCUAGCAGUUUACUGCACGUUUGGCUUGCAAUUUUACGUGUGCCUUGAAAUUGGCUGGGAUUCUAUCAAAGGUUACUUCACCAAAAGCCCACUUCUUGCCAAUUAUGUUAUGAGAACUGUUCUGGUUACUGGGGCAGUUUUGCUGGCCAUAGCUUGUCCAACUAUUAGUCCAUUUAUCGGACUGAUUGGUGCAUUUUGCUUUUCGAUAUUGGGUCUUCUUAUUCCUGCCUUCAUAGAGACUGUUACUUACUGGGACGUUGGAUUUGGAGCGUACAACUGGGUUAUGGUUAAAAAUGUUAUCAUCUGUGUCAUAGCUAUGUUGGCAUUAGUAUUUGGUUCAGAAAGUGCCGUCCGUGAUAUAAUUAAAGAGUUCAUUACUACGCCGGACGGUUCGAAAGUAUAAUGUGAAAAAAUGAAAGUUGCCUAGGUGCUAAAUUUUAAUGAACUUUUUUAUAUAUACACAAAAUAUUUUUUGUAAAUAUGUUUUAAAAAAUUGUCUAGUUUGAAAGUAAAGAUUUUUUAUACAAAUUAAAAGUUCGUAUUGGA